AUGAUGAUUGAUGUUCCGAGCAGCGCAUGCCAAAUACGGGCACAUGCCAAUCAGGUCAUCGGCGACCGACUGCAUGCCAAACAACCACUGCUCAUUGAUCCGGUUUCUUCCGCCAAAUUGGAAUGUAAGGAAACCGCUAUGACUUUGUCACCGCUUGUUGCCUAA